AUGGAGGGACCAUGUUCCUACAGAUUCAACAAAUCCGUGCAUUCCUCUUAUGUUCUAGGGUUACCUAUUCCAAAGGUCCUAGUGGAGUAUGUGUACAUAGCAGAGGACGGAUACAACAUACACAGCAAAUGUAGAAAACUGAAUCAGGUGCCUACAGAUCCUUCCGAUGUUCCUACAUGGAGCUUUGCCGCAAACUUUCCUGUAGAGGACCGGUUCCUGAAGCCAGUUGCCAUCUACAAUGAUCCGUUUCGACAAGGGAACCACAAGCUGGUACUUUGUGAGGUCUAUGCUAAUGAUUGGACGCCAGCACCUCGUAACUUCAGAAAGAGCUGUACUGACGCCAUGAAAACAGCGGAAGUUACAGAGGCAGCUCCGUGGUUUGGGCUAGAGCAAGAAUAUUCCAUUAUUGACCCCUCUAAUCGACCUCUGGGCUGGCCAAGUCCAUUCAUGCCGCAGCCAUCAGGUCCUAUGCAUCAUGACGCUGUGGGAAUGCACAAAACAUUCGGUAGAGAUCUGUACGAAGCACAUCUCUUCACCUGCAUCUAUGCCGGCAUCAAUAUCUCAGGUGGGAAUGCAGAGGCAUUUCCUGGACAGUGGGAGUUUCAAGUUGGUCCUACAGAAGGAGUACAAGCCUCAGAUGAUCUAUGGAUGGCUCGCUACCUUCUGCACCGCCUAUCUGAAGAGUUUGGGGUUGCUGUAUCUUUUCAUCCUAAAAUUAUUCCUGGGGAUGUUGGAGCUUGUGGUGGUCAUGUUAACUUCAGUACCAAGCAAAUGAGAGAAGAUGGAGGGAUACAACACAUCAAGGCAGCCAUGCCGCUGCUGGCUAGAACACACGAUCAGUUUUUGCGGUUAUGUGACCCACAUGGUGGCGCUGACAAUGAAGCCAGAAUUAAAGGAUUCUUCUGUACGGCUUCCAAACAUUUCAAAUGGGGAAUUGAAGACAGAGAUGCCACUGUACGAAUUCCACGCCAGGUAGCGGAAGAUGGCAAAGGUUUUCUAGAAGAUCGGAGACCAGCCGCAAACUUUGACCCCUAUAUAGUUACGGAUGCUUUAGUCAGGACAAUUGUUCUCCGGCAGGACUUUUUAAGGAACCCUUAUGCUGAACCCAGAGUGGUCAGACUGUCAGUGACCCCACAACAAACAAACCCAGACACUAACUAA